UGCCUGGACAUUGUGGCCUGAUUUCACCGUCAGAAAAGACAGUCGUUGUCUCUAUCUUCUCCUGAUGCUUCUGGAAUCUUGGUACUUAAGCAGCAUUCAUUGGUAUGUCUGGAGAAUGAUUUGGGUUCAAUCUGUACGCAUUGUGUUUCUUGGGGACGACUGGUGAGUUAUUGCAACGCGAGGGGUGUUUUUUGUGAAGGAAAAAGAAUACAAUGUAUCGCGGGACAUGGACGUGGGUGGUAGUGCUGCUGGCCCUGUUUCUGGCGAGAUCGGCUGCGGCUGAAGUCGCUGGAAGCACCAGCCGGUACGUGAGACGAUUGGCGGAGAGUGUGGAUUUGCCAUACGAUUCACCGUACUUCUCCGUGCCGCCGGGCGAGAAUCCUCCGCAACAGGUGCAUCUGACGCAAGGAGAUUACGAUGGAAAAGCCGUCAUCGUGUCUUUUGUCACAAUCAAAAUGGCCAGGCCCAAGGUCCAUUAUGGAACCAAGAAGGGCGAUUACCCUUGGGUGGCCAGGGGAUACAGUACUCAGUAUUCGUUUUAUAACUACACGUCGGCUUUCAUCCACCAUGUUGUAGUUUCUGACUUGAAGUUUGACACAAAGUAUUUCUACAAAGUUGGAGAGGGGGAUGAUGCGCGUGAGUUUUUUUUCAUGACACCGGCAGCCCCUGGACCGGACACUCCCUACACUUUUGGAGUUAUCGGAGAUUUAGGACAAACCUAUGACUCAGCCGCCACUUUGGAGCAUUACUUGCAAAGUUAUGGCCAAUCAGUACUUUUUCUUGGUGACCUUGCUUACCAAGACAAUUACCCAUUUCAUUACCAAGUCCGUUUCGAUACGUGGAGCCGGUUUGUUGAACGCAGUGUGGCUUAUCAGCCGUGGAUAUGGACAUCUGGAAACCAUGAGAUUGAUUAUGUCCCUGAAAUUAGUGAGAUUACUCCAUUUAAACCUUUCAAUCAUCGGUUCCCUACACCAUACUGGGCAACCAACAGCACUUCACCCCAGUGGUAUUCCGUCAGGCGUGGACCAGCUCAUAUCAUUGUUCUCUCAUCCUAUUCUGCCUACGGUAAGUACACACCACAAUAUGUCUGGUUGAAAGAUGAGCUUAAGAAAGUCAACAGGAAAGUGACUCCGUGGCUCAUCAUUUUGGUGCAUUCGCCGUGGUACAACUCUAACACUUAUCACUACAUGGAGGGUGAGAGCAUGCGAGUGAUGUUCGAGUCGUUCAUUGUAGCUGCCAAAGCCGAUAUCGUGUUUGCUGGACAUGUCCAUUCAUAUGAACGCUCCUUCCCAGUGACGAAUAUCAAGUACAACAUUACCAACUCUAUCUGCUCUCCUGAUGUAAAUCCGUCAGGUCCAACCUAUAUUACUAUUGGUGAUGGUGGUAAUAUUGAAGGCCCGGCCGCAACGUUCUCAGAACCACAACCUUCCUACUCAGCUUUCCGUGAAGCUAGUUUUGGGCAUGGAUUACUGGAUAUCAAGAAUCGCACAACUGCGAUUUGGACAUGGCACAGGAAUCAGGAUGGGGAAGCUGUGUCAGCUGAUAAGGCAGUUAUUCGCAACAAGAUAUAUAAUUAAGUCAAUGUUUACUUGAAAAUCUAGAGAAACAUUUGAAAAACAUUGUCACUAGCUGUAAAUAUUGGCAACGGUUUAACGAUGAACAGAUUGAUUUGAAGUUACAAUUUGUUAACAAAGGAAUUAUUUACUUUUGAUUAGCUUUUAAUUUGUUACACGGUAUAUUAACAAUAUAUAUAUGUUACACUUUGCAAUAUUUUUUUUUUCACUUCGGAUAAGAGUGAAAGUAAAAGGAGAAAGUCGCUACUUUCUAAAUAAAAUAUUGUAUGCAAUUGCAAAUACAUAGAGAGAAGUUAUUUUGCUUA